AUGUCCGACGCAAAAAUCCAAGCACAACAAGCACAAAAACACGAACCCUCCCCGAUCCUCGACGAAAACCAAAACGUCGUCGCCACCCCCUCCUUUUACCGGGAAAACCUGGACGAGAUUAACGAUACGGCGCGGACGCUGCUGGAGAAAUACAGUGGGAUUGCGCCAGAGAGGGUGAUUCAGCAUGUUAAGGAUGUGAGAGAUCGCGCUUAUGCGGUUUUCCCCUACCCAUGCAUCGGCAUGUUCAGCUUCCUAGACCUGGACCUGCCACUCUCACCAUGCUAUAACGAGAUCGUCGACCGCGUCAAAAAGGGCGAUAAAUUCCUGGACCUGGGGUGUUGUUUUGGGCAGGAGAUUCGGCAGCUGGCCCACGAAGGUGUCCCCCACUCCAACAUCUACGGCAGCGACCUCUCCCCCGAUUUCAUCAACCUCGGCUACGAGCUCUUCCUCGACCGGGACAAGCUGCGCGGCGUGCAAUUCAUCCCAUCGGACAUCUUCGACGACAACGCUGCGCUCUUCCACCAACUGGGCGGCCAGAUCGACAUCGUCCACGCGAGCAACUUCUUCCACCUCUUCGACCGCGACACGCAGGUGCAAGUCGCCAAGCGGGUGGUGACAAAGUUACUGCGAGACCGGCCGGGAGCGCUGAUCGUGGGAACGCAGGUGGGGGGUAAGAAUCCGCAGCACUACACCUGGGAGAAGCAGGGGAAGAAGCUCUUCAUACACGAUACGGCGACGUGGAAGGAGAUGUGGGAGCAGGUUGGAAGGGAGACGGGGAUGAGGUUCAAAGUGGAGGCAUUCGAGAGGGAAUUUCUUGAGCAGGAAGGGCAGCAGUUUCAGGGUAUGGAGGAUAUGUUCAGGUUGUUUUUCACUGUGAGGAGGGAGUAA